UUUUAUGUUUUUUCGAUGUAUCGUAAUUACUUAUUUCAUAUUUAUUGACAUUAUGCCAGAUAGAUACGAUUUCGCCUACAAUGUUUACGUCGUAUUAUGCAAACGAUGUUUUAUCAGCUGGUCGUGACAAAGUUCGCCAGGUUUUGAAGAUAAUAUUAUUAUGAUUGUUAUCUUUGUCACAACUGGCAACAAAUUGUAGCAUUCUUUAUUAUAAUAAAAUAUUGUUAUUUGUUGGUGUUAUGCUAUAGUUUUUUACAUCAUAAGCCGUGUUUACAUUCGGGCUUUGUUCAGUGGUGUUCUCUAUUAAUUACUAUAUUAUUAACUAUUAUUUAGUAUUUUAGUGAUAAGUCCAAUCUGUCGUGUCACUGUUAAAUAUUCCUAUGUGCAAUUCAUUAUUGAAAUCCGUUAAACAUAAUAUUAAACACGGAAUUAUUACGUACCUAUUGGUUUAGUGUUCACAGCCGUUACUCUAAUAACAAUAAUUCGGAUUAUUUCAAUACAAAAAGAGUACAUUGGUUUUGAAGUUUGACUUUUUACUAUGAGCGAUAACGAUCCGUGUGAAUGUUUUUGGAAUCAUGAGCUAUCUAUGCAACGACUGCUUUCACUGCUACGUCAGUCACAGUCGGCAUGCACAGAUAUUGAUUGCUUGGAACCAGUGCAAAGAUUGGAUGGACCAUUGUCAUCAAAUUCUGAAGAUACUAAUUUCGUCUUAUUAACUGGAAUUUGGGUUGUUAUUGCUUUGGCUUUGUAUUUUAUGCGUCCUCAUCAGCCUCGUGCUCAGGAGGAAACUAUUAAAAAAUUACCAUUUGGUAGAUCUGACAAUAAUGGACCAGAUGAUCCACCAUCGCCACCUCCUCCAUCAAUGGGAGCCCAGUGAUGAUAUAAUAUUUUGAUGAUACAUUCUACAAGAAUUUUGAGCUCGCUCAAUCUAAAAUUCCCUUCCAUUAUUCCACAGAUAAUCAUUAUAAUCACAUAGAUUUAAGAAUUUAAAAUUUUAAUUGAAGUUUCCCACUUGACUGACAAAGUAUACUGCACUGACAUUAAACAUCUAAUAUUAUUUUUAUAUAACAAAAAAAAAAAAAUAUAUAUAUACCUAAACUUUAAACAUUAUAAAAUGUCAUUAAAUACGCACAUUUAAGAUAAGUUGGAAUAAAUGAUUUGUUUUGUUUUUUGUCUACCAUGACAAACAAUGCAGUUAUAUUGGUGAUGUGUGUUAGUUGAGUGGAAAAUACUAUUAUUAAUUAUUAUACAUUAUAAUAUUAUAUAAAUAUAUAUUACUUUUAUCAUAUGCAAUAACAAGGAGAGAAUAUGUACAGAAAUGUAUAGAAAUGUAUUUAGUAUUUGAGUGUGUGAAUCGAUUGAUUUUAUUAUAGCUGUUUUAUUUUUAA